AUGUCAGGGAAGAUCACAUUGCCAUCUCCAGGUCUCACUGAAGCUGAUACCCCGCCAGAACAGUUGUGGUCCAUCAUCGAGAAGCAACGAUUCAUUAUUCAAGACUUGCAAAAAGCAUUAGCUCGGAUGACAGCAGAAAGAGAUGCCUUAUUAAAAGCAAAAGACGCCAAAAAACAAAACACUAUCCCUGAGACGGGCCUCUCCUCGCAAGACCAAAAUUACCAGAUCCGUAGGCGCGAAUAUCCACCACAGGACGCGCUUGUUCUUGAUCAAGAAGAAAUCAUCUCGCCCACUGGUCCGGUCCCGCCACCCAGAUCUCCCUACCGCCAAAAUUCAUCCAAAGACAGCGGAACUCAAGAUCCUCGUAUCAAAUCAUCCAAGACACCUAUUACAAGGUCUUCCACUUUGCCUUCGCGAGCAGGCGCUGACGCUGAUCCAUCGAUUUAUGAUGUACCAUCGACGCCAACGACCCCUUCCACUGCCACCUAUCGCAGCGAGAUCCAAUCGCCUGUAUAUCCACCACAAAAUAUCCAUACACCGUAUAAUACCUCGCCAAAUAAUACCUUACAAGUCAUUAAUCAAGCCCAUAUACAUGAAAAACUACGUCGAUCGUCCUCGGUUCCCGAUUUAAUAAAGCAAGCCCAUCAUCAACAGCUUCAUACCUCUACAAACCAUCCAGAACCAGUCAAGCAAGCGCCACCAUUCGGACACCCCUUGCAAGCCUUGGCCGCUAAUCCCAUGGCAGGCGUCAUUAUUAGGGUCAUCGGAUCCAAUUUGAGCACCAACAAGAAAGGCAAGAAUGUUGCCUCUUUUACUAUUUCAAUUGGCCGACAUGUCAACGACGCCUUUGAAGAAUUAUGGAGAGUCGAAAAAUCGUAUUCGGAUAUCUUGGAUUUUGAUGCCCAGCUUAGACGACAUGGUCGAUUGGUGACCGAUCAUCUAGAAAAAUUACCUGACAAAGCUUUAUUUACGAGCUACGCUCCCAGCAAAGUAGAUCAACGCAAGAUUGGCGUUGAACAAUACUUGCAAUCGACGAUCAAACUCCAGUUGCCAGACAUGGCAGAAGUGUGCGAAUUUUUGAGUACCAAUGUGAUCGACGCGAAACAGCACAGGAAUACGGUUCCCGGACAUAAAGAAGGUUACAUCACCAAAAGAGGCAAGAACUUUGGCGGAUGGAAAGUUCGAUACUUUAUUCUUGAUGGACCGGUUCUGCGUUAUUAUGAAAAUAAAGAUGGCCCAUUCCUUGGAAUUAUUCGUUUAUCUGGAGCACAGAUCGGCCGCCAAACAGCACCGACCCAAGGGUCUGAUAUCACCAGUUCUUUCCGACAUGCAUUAAUCAUUCUCGAACCAAAGAAAACUGCUCCCAACGGUAUACACCGUCAUGUUCUCUGUGCAGACUCGGAUGCUGACAGAGACGAAUGGAUCGAUGCGUUGAGUCAAUAUAUCAACUAUCCUAUGACGGAUCAUGACGAUGAAUCAUUUGACAAGUCCUCUGAACGCUCAAAAAAGAAAUCAGCAACAAAAGCAGAUAAUGCACAGAAAACUCACACGGCACGUUACCACCACCCCCACUUGUCUGCAUCGGAUCCUACGCUCAAUCCAGCUAGUUCCUCAUACAUGUCUUCAGACGCGUCGAUUUCUUCUUCAACCACCAGCACAUCCGAUGGUCGACAACCACCUUAUCAUCAAGCAACCACAGAGACAAGCUAUGGCUAUCCUCAACAGCAGCGACCUUAUGCGGAUCCAACUGAUUAUCUUUUUCCUUAUGCAGAUGCGGAUGAAGAUUUGGAAUCCGAAGCUAAAAAUUCAAAGAAACAAAAUCGACGUACCAUAUGGGGCAGAAAGCUGUUUGCAACGGCGCCGUCAGAUGCACCAAGUAACGGCCAUGCCAUUAAUUUCUCUGACAGUGGGUUUGCCGAUGCCAAUGAUCAUUUGCGAUAUCAUACAGUUGCCGAUCGGGAUCACCCAGCAAAUGGAUCUGCUGGUAGUCAAGCUUCCAGAGAAGUAUUCGGUGUAUCUCUCGAACAAGCUGUCAAUGUGUCCCGGAUCUCCAAUCAUUCAGAGCUCCCAGCCAUAGUGUACCGAUGCAUCGAGUAUCUCGAAACAAGGAACGCUAAAGACGAAGAAGGAAUCUAUCGUCUAAGUGGCAGCGCGGCUAAAAUCAAAGGCUUGAAAGAUCGAUUCAACAAAGAGGGUGAUAUAUGCUUACUGGAUAGCGAUGAAUAUCAUGAUGUUCAUACCAUUACUGGAUUACUCAAGCUGUGGUUACGCGAACUUCCUUCCAACAUAUUAACAAACGAUUUGAUGUCCUCCUUUGUUGAUUACGUCGACCGUCUUCAACGUACGAGGGAACUUGGAAGACUGGUUUCCAUGUUGCCGCCCGCAAACUAUCACAUUUUGCGAACACUGUCAGCUCAUCUUGUCCGAAUCGUGCAGAACUCGGUCGUCAACAAGAUGACGAUACGGAACAUCGGAAUCGUAUUCUCAGCGACACUUGGCAUGCCGUCUGGCGUGUUCAGUCUCUUUCUGACUGAAUUUCGAUAUAUUUUUUGGCAUACUAAUGACAUUCUCAGAGACACUAUCCUUCCCGGAAAAGGACAUUACACAAAGGACGAUUUUUCUCUGGAAGAACCUGAACAACAUAACUACUACACCUUGGAAAAUCAUGGAUAA